CAUCCAGUGUUUUGGCCUCCACUGCCCUCUGUGGCAGGGAAUUCCAUAAAUUCACAACUCUCUGGGUGAAAAAGUUUUUUCUCACCUCAGUCUUAAAUGACCCCUUUAUUCUAAGACUGUGAUCCCUGGUUCUGGACUCGAUCAAAAUUGGGAACAUUUUUUCUUGCAUCUAGCUUGCCCAGUCCUUUUAUAAUGUUAUAUGCUUCUAAAAGAAACCCCCUCAUCCUUCUAAACUCCAGUGAAUACAAGCCAAGUAUUUUCAAUCUUUCAUCAUAUGACAGUCCCGCCUUCCCAGGGAUCAAAUGGUGAGGUUAUUGAGCCAGUUAGCCACCAGACUGUCGCCACAGAUAUGACGCUCCAACCUUACUAACUGUACUUCAACAGAGUAACACCAAAACAAGUCUGUUGUAACCAAGUGUUUUUAGUUGAAGGAAAGGUUUCACCCCCAUUUCCAUGUACAUACAACCUUAAACAUCAUUUCAAAUGCUGGGCAAUUGCAAGGGGAUAAUGGGUGCUUUUAAAAAUGUGAAGCAUCAUUGGAGCAUUGGAGCCUGUUUCGCUCGGUGAUGGGGAUCAAUUAGACUCUAAUCGAGACCUGCCAAGAACUUCCAAGUCAAUUUCCUGCAAAGCGCCCGUGUCUCAGCUAGGAGAGAGGAGUUUCCUAUUAAUUCAAUCCACCAGCACAGAUAAUGUAAUCGGUACUUCCUUCGCCCUCCACCCACCGCACCAUCAGGUAUAUAUUUUCACAUGGUGAUGGAGUUGUUUUCACCGCAGUGAGAUGGCUGAAUACUGACGGACAGAUGAGCAAAAACAAAAAUGCAAAUGUUUAGCCUCAGAAAAAGGAAGAGUUGGAGAUGAGACAGCUUCCAAUUCUGCACCAUAACACAAGCACACACACAUAUAUACAUUUGUUUUUCCCCAUUGCAUAUAUACAAUAUGCAUAUCCGCGCGUAUAGCUCUCUCACUCUCGAUACAACCCCCGCACAAGUACCCUAAUCAAACCGAAGGCAAUGAAGCAAAUCUGUUCAAACCAUUUCUAAAAAGAAUAUCUGACUCUACAUUUGCAGAGAUUUUCUUAGAUGUCCAUUCGGUUUCACCCCCUUUACGACUUCCGAUUUUUUUUUUUUUUUUUUGCAAAUGUCCAGAGUAGAUGUACACGUAUCAAAACCAAGAAGUUUAUUCUUAUUUGCAACAACUGCAGUUCACUCGGCGAUGUACAAGAGUGGGCUGAUGUGAUUGAGUCUUCGCUGGACGGGAGCAUUCCUUUUUGCACAAAUCGCUGAAUAUUUAAUACAUUUGAGUGGGGGAGUUGGAUCGAGUCUGCGGACUCGGAAGUCAUUCAGUGGGAUUCACUGAUGGCAAUGCUACUUGCAACUUGAGUCUCAGUUAAUAUGAUAAGGAAAACCCCGAUGUCUCGGGCGAGACACACUGCCCAACCUUCCACCGUCGAGAGAGAGGGAGCUCGGCGUGAAUGCUGCGCGACUGAAUCGUAAAUUUAAAAAAAAAAAGAUAUCAUUUGCAGUUGGCGAGCAUCGCGCCAUGUUCGUUGGCUGCAGAUGCACAGUAUUUUGACUGCAGCAAGUUCCUGGUGCCGGGCGUUUGACGUUUGCUUCUUCCGCUGUUCCGAAAUCCUACCUGUGUGGUGACUCGGUGACUCGCUUUCCCCAGGGUUAUACAUCUGUGUGAUGCUGUUGUUAUUGAUGCUGUCCGAUUCCUCUCAAAUACUUAUAUUUAAAAUAGGAUCCACUGUCAUGUGACCGAGACACUUUUUUGUCCUUGUUUUUCCUCCCGUUGCCACCGGCUUCAAGCGAUGAACUUUUGCUAUAUUCUUAUGUGUUGCAACCGCAGCGCGGAUGGCGGAGGGAGAGAUCCCGGUUCAGCUGGAUGGUCGUAGGCCGGGGAGAGAGCCAAGAGUCGGAGUCUAAUGCAAAACACGUCCCACGCGAGGAAAAGGGGGGAAAGAGCGAUUUGUGCACGAACUGGAAAGGCGUUCAAGGGGGGAAAACCGUCGAAGUUGAAGCAACACCCUUUAAUGCCCGAUUAUUGGUGAUUUUUAAAUGGAUGUUCUGUCUUUUUUUUUAAAACGGAUUUUGCUAAACACGAUUUAAAAGAGAAUUCUCCUUUUGUACGGAUUAUCUCGGAAGAUUGCAAAGGUGGAGCGAUCAGAGGGCUGAUGACGGACCCGUUAAUCCCUUUAAUGCAUCAAAAGAAGGGAGGCAUCGUGGCAACGUUUAUGUGGAAAUCAUGGGAUAUUCUGAUCGGCUUGGGGUUCUGUGCGAAACUGCUGGUAAUUAGUUUUGGCUGAGUUUUGAAAAUACACACUCACACAAAUACAUACACAUAUAUGCAUUAAUGCGCAUAUACAUCUACAGUAUUCUGAACGGAGUUGGGAUGUGGACGAUUUUGUGCUACCAGCAUUGCUCCUAAAUCCAUCCAUCCAUCGGCCUUUCGUCACCCUUGUCAGCCACGCAUUGCUUAAAUGGAAUUAGUUUGGAUUGGAGUCCCUUGCAUAAGAAUCAGACAUGGUACAUGGGCAUCGGCUCAGAUUGCUUCACGUUGUAUCAAGUCUCAUCCUGUUAGGACUGUUUGUAUCAACAAAAAAGACAUCAGACAAAUCAACUUCUUCAGAGUCAGUGCAAUGUGGCUCCUGGAUCAAGAAUCCGGACGGUGGUUUCUUCACAUCUCCCAAUUAUCCAAACAAGUAUCCUCCUGACAAAGAGUGCACAUACAUUAUUGAAGCUGCUCCAAGACAAAGUAUUGAACUUUACUUUGAUGAAAAAUACUCCAUUGAACCUUCUUGGGAAUGCAAAUUUGACCACAUUGAGGUGCGGGAUGGACCUUUCCCAUUUUCUCCUGAAAUUGGACGUUACUGUGGUCAAAAUAUUCCACCUUUUAUAACAUCAUCGGGCAGAUUUUUAUGGAUUAAAUUUGUUGCUGAUGGUGAGCUUGAAUCAAUUGGAUUCCUGGCAAGAUACAACUUUAUACCAGAUCCCGAAUUUGCACACCUGGGUGCCCUGAAACCAUUACCAGUGUGUGAGUUUGAAAUGGGAGGACCGGAGGGAAUCAUUGAAUCAAAGCAAAUCGUCCAGGAAGGCAAGGCCAGUCCCACGGAGGCAGUUGAUUGUAAAUGGUUUAUUCGAGCACCACCAAAAUCCAAGAUCUUCUUGAGAUUUCUUGACUACGAGAUGGAGAAUUCUAAUGAGUGCAAGCGGAAUUUUGUGGCAAUCUAUGAUGGAAGCAGCGCGGUGGAGGAUCUGAAAUCCAAGUUCUGCAGCACUGUAGCCAAUGAUUUGAUGCUUCGUACUGGUCUUGGUGUCAUUCGCAUGUGGGCUGAUGAGGGCAGUCGGAGCAGUCACUUCCAGAUGCUCUUCACGUCCUUUCAAGAACCCCCCUGUGAAGCUAGCGCUUUCUUCUGCCACAGCAACAUGUGUAUUAAUGACACCUUGGUCUGCAAUGGUGUGCAAAACUGUGUGUAUCCCUGGGAUGAAAAUCACUGCAAAGAGAAACGAAAGGCUAACCUUCUGGACCAGCUUACCAACACCAGUGGGACCAUAAUCGGGAUCACAUCUUUCAUUGUGAUUAUUCUCAUUGUUAUCUCUGUCAUAGUUCAGAUCAAACAGCCGCGCAAAAAAUUCAUCCAAAGAAAACCAGACUUUGACCAAACAGUUUUUCAGGAGGUUUUUGAGCCCACACACUAUGAACUCUGUUCACUAAAAGGAAAGGGGGCUGCAGCUGAUCUAGGGGACAUUGUAGAUGACUUUGAGAACUACCAUAAACUGAGGCGAUCGUCUUCUAAAUGCAUUCAUGACCAUCACUGUGGAUCUCAGAUAUCCAGCAUUAAAGGUAGCCGUAGUAACCUCAGCACCCGUGAUGCCACGAUCCUCUCAGAAAUACAACCACAGCCAGUGAAGCCCAGCGUGCAGUCAUUAAGUCGACGGAAUAUCCUGGUCAUGAAGCACAGCUACUCACAGGACGCAGCGGAUGCUUGUGAUAUUGAUGAGAUCGAAGAAGUCCCGACUACAAGUCACAGGCUGUCCAGAAAUGAUAAGGCUAUGCAGCGAGGGAUGCCCCUGAGACUGGAACAGAAUGACAGUGAUGAUUGUGAAAUACAUCAAGAAAGACAAACAGGACCUUACUUCCUCCACCACUGUUAAAAAAAAGCUCAUCACCCACCCACUCCCACCCCCACACCUUGGCUAGCUAGGACGAACAACAUAUUUUCAGGCUCUUCACUAUGAUCAAAGUUAGCAUCAUUACCAGUCUCACACUGCAGCACACUAUAGAUGCAGAGGAAAAAAAAAAUUCUAAGUGCCUGAGCCCAUAUUCAUCGACCGACAGGGAUUGGAUUUGCAUAAUUGGCAGAGUGUUUAUUAAAUAAAAACUUCAGGUUUGGAAAGCACUGCAAUUAUUUCUUUGCAGUGAAACUACUACAGUUCAAAACUAUAGGCAUCUCAGCCCAACAUAUGGCUUGAUCCAUCACACUUUAACUGCAUGUGAUUGAAGUCCAGAGUGAUUAUAUUUUGCUUUUUUUUUGCUGUGUUUAUUUUAUCAGGUACAGCGAGUUUCUACCAACAAAAGUGCAAUUCCAAUUUUAAAAACCAAACUGUGUUUUUCAGAAAGAGAUUUGCUUGUUAGGUCCAAGUGUCCCAUCUCACCGCCAUGUUAGGACGCAGCAGGAGCAAUGAAAGCUUAUUUGAUAUUAUUGCCCCCAAAAAGAAUGUAAUUAUUUCUGAUGUCUUCUCUGAGCAUUAACAUUAAAUUGUCAAAGCAUCUGUGCAUAUAUGCAUUUAUUGAGGAGGUGCUGUCGUUUAAAUGCAAAAAAGUUCCAUUUUGAAAUUUGAAUACUGCAAUAUAAAACCAGAACAUGAUGUUUUACUGAAUUUGUUUUGCAAUUUUAUUUCCAUUAUACAUGUGACAUUCUGUUCCUACAAGCUGCCAGUUACCACUGUCAAAUAUGUAUGUUGUUGCUACUUUUGUUAUCGCAUUGCUUUGGGCUUUUUACGGAAAAUGAAAAUAAAUCAUUAAAUUAUUGCUUAAAGGUUUGUUUUUUUAAUUCUUGGAAUAUUACAAACAAAAUUAUUACGGUGUACACGGGACCAAGAGAAAGAGCGGAGAGUGGUCAGCCCAUCAAGACACAUACAUGAUUGUCCUGUGCAUCAGCACAAAUUACCCACCUUUAAUCCAGAUAUCUUGAUACAAAUACUCAAAAUUAAUAUGUCAGUAUCAGUCUUCAACAUUUGAAUGAUUGUAUCCUUUUUGGAAUAACAGAUUUAUGUGAAAUUUACAUGAAAAGGUGUCUUCUCGUUUACUUCCAAACAACCAAAGAUCAUAGCUCUAUGGUCUUUGCUUGCAACCAUUGCUCUAAUCUAUGGUCGCUAGUUUUAAUUUCUCCCACAAGAUGAAAUAUAAAAUAGAACAACUCAUUUGCAGUUAUUGUAUAUGCUAAUUGUAUAUAAAAGCCACUGUGCACCAUAGAGAUCUAUUCUGGGUUGUUUAGUUUAAAAUAUCUGGGCACAUUUCAACUUAGUGUGGUUAACAUUAGUCAUACUAAUUAUGUCAUGGACUAUAUGGAGACAUACCCUACAUUAUCUGUAGUAACUGUGGCUUCUGUGGAUACUUGUAACCUUUUCAUUAAGUUCACAAAACAAAAUCCAGGAGAACAUCAGAAAUUGAGAUGGUUAUUAAAGGAACUGCACUUUUCCAUCAAUACCUUGCACUUAGCAUCCCACAGCCUUUAUAUUCAAUAGCCAGCACAAUCAUAUCUAUCUAUAUUAUUAAAAGUCUGAUCUUGACCACUUCCUGGUGUUCUGUAUAUUGAUUUUAGAAAAAACGCUGUCACUUACGGCAGUGAAUUUUGGCCAUCUUAUUCAGAGUCCCCCUCCGCUGCGGAGGACAAGAGGGUUUUUCCCAUCAAUGACA